AUGAGUUACAUGAACAAAUUAUCGUCAUUUAUAUCAUUACAAAUUAAACAUAAUAAAUUUGCAAGAUUUUUUUAUACAGUGCAUCAUAAUGAGAAACGAGGAUUAUUUUACGUAAAAUUGGAUGAUAAUUCAAGAGCAGUAUUACAAUACAGGCCUGAUGGAAAAGUCUUAGAUAUGCAAGUGAUUAGUGUUCCUUAUAGAUACACUGGAAGAGGUAUAGCACGAUUGCUUACAGAGACAGCUUUUACACAUGUUAUUGUGAACUAUUACUAUAUGUACUUGACAUGUGAAUAUAUGCAGAAGUACUAUCUUGCAGUUAAGAAUCCAGAUCUUGAAGAAUAUAUUGUUGGACCACCACAUAUUUUAGAAGGACCAGAUUCAGAACCCUUAGACCCGAAUAUUAUAUAUGAAUUACCUGAUCCAGAAGAUUUUUUGAUAUAUUCUUCUUAA